CUUGCAGUGAAGAACCACUAACCUGUUCUCCACAGCGACACUUAAGUCGUGGUUGUAAAAUGUUAUCAUUAUUUUGAGUUUGUAUUUACGCCCCCCAUCACGGUCGCGUUCCCGCCACCCGGCAGCCAAUCAGCGGCGCCGUUGCUGCCGCGCGCGGCUCGCCUCAGGCAAUCGGGGGCCGUGGCAGAGCGUCCCGUGUCCUGCUGCUACAGGGCGGGGGGUGACCGGCACCAUUCCGUUCGGCCCUGUCGUCAUCUCUGUAGAGAGAGAGAGAGACGAGGAGACGAGGUGGACGAGGAGGAGGUGGAGGUGGAAGACGACAGAAGAGCGAGGAGGUGGAAGACAAGAGCGAGGAGGAGGUGGACGAGCCUCUUAGCACCGCGCCCCGCAGUGGCACACAGGAGCCACUGCCCAAGGCACGAGUGGAAACGGCAGCACAGGUCCCGCCUAAGCCAAACCAUUAAUCUAAACACGUUGCCUGGCCCAGCGCUAAGACUCUAGGACUCGCUUUCUUCCCGAUUCUGCGAAUCGCUGUGACCAACCGUACCACCACCAUGCACCGGCCACCAAAGCUAGCCACUUUUGGCAAUGUGCGCCGCCCGCCGUCACAUAUGGCGCCGGGCGGACCAUCAUCGUGGGGCCACCCCUCUCAGCGGCCCUGCCCAGGUGGGUUCCGGCGCUCUGGGUCCCCACCGUGGAAGAUGGCACGCGUGGAGGAAGAGCCACACGCGAUGCACCGGCGUUACGAGCAGGGAGAGCCAUACGGAGCACCGGACCCGUACGCGCGCCAGUCCCACCACCACGAGCACGAAAACUAUGGCAUCCACGAAGGUCAGUACCAUACCGACGAGCUUUACCAGAGCGAGGAAGGCUACAGGGAGGAAGAAGAGGAGGAAGCCUAUGAGAUGGAGGCCCCCUAUGUUAGGGAGCCGCUGGACAGGUUUCCAGGCCCGGAUAAGGCUAGCACGCGGAAUGAAGCAUUCUCGGAGAGGUGGAGAAUUGCGCCAAGGGACGACCCCCACUACGACGACCCCUACAAACACGAUGGCUACCCCGACGUGCCCGAACCGCCACGCUUGUACGAGCGAGUGCUCGGCAGACGCCCACCCAUGGAGGCCUGUGACCAGCAUUCCCCAGUCCGGCCAGGUUUCUCCGAAGCAGACAGGCAGGAGCAGGACGACCGCGAGACGGCCACCGACCUGCUCGUUAACUUUGGCGGAUACUCGGGCCCGCACCGGCGCCCAUCCAGCGCGCCCAACCGUAAGCAACGACUGGCGGCGCUGCUCACCAGCCUGGGCCUCACGCUGGACGACCUCCAGGACCUGGACACGUUCGGCGAGGAGGAGCUGACGCCUGGCCGCUCGCUCGAGAUCCUCAGAGACAUCAGCAAUCGCAAGCUGAUGAACGUCGCGUGCACCGUGAUGGGAAGCAGCGAGGCGGCGGCCGCCGUCUCCGCUAUCACCGCCACCACCACCGCCACCUCCCCCAGGAAGUCAGCGACGACAGCGACGGCGAUUGUGGAGGAAAAACGGCCGAAGGUGUGGGACUACACGCAUGGAGGAAAGGACACGUACUCUGGCUGCCCCUCCCCUCAGCAAAAGAACGACUACUUUGGGCGCCGACCGCCAAAGUUCCCGCACACCUGCUGCAUUUGCAACAAACCCCUGAGCGGGAUCCGGGACUGGACAAAGCACAUUACUGGACGCAUUCACCAGGCCUCUUGCGAGUUCAUCAAGGAAAAAUAUCCAUUGUGGAAGCCGGAGAACUGGUACGAAAAGAGCAAAAGCAGCGAACAGAAAAAUAACAACAGCAAAGAGAAGGCAGAAAAUGCUGACGGCACCAGUGAACCCGCGGUCAACACCGCCGUGGUGGAGAUGGAGCUGGAAAGCGAUACGGAAGAGGAUAGCACCGCGACCUCUGCCAAAGUUGAUGUCGGUGUGAGCGGUGUGGCCGGAAUGUCCAGUGGGGCCAACAUAUCCGGUGGAGCCGUAACAGCUGAUACGGACAAGAUAGCUGGUGGGCCCAGGAUGACCAGUGGGGCUGGGAUGUCCAGUGGGCCCAGGAUGACCAGUGGGGCCAGGAUGUCAGGUGGGGCUGGGAUGACCACUGGGGCUGGGGUGUCUGGUGGGGCCAGAAUGUCAGGUGGGUCCGGGAUGACCGGUGGGGCUGGGAUGUCAGGUGGGUCCGGGAUGACCGGUGGGGCUGGGAUGUCAGGUGGGGCCAGGAUGACCGGUGGGGCUGGGAUGACCAGUGGGGCCAGGAUUACCAGUGGGUCCGGGAUGUUUGGUGGGGCCAGAAUGUCUGGUGGGACCAGAAUGUUAGGUGGGGCUGGGGUGACCCGUGGGGCUGGGAUGUCCGAUGGUUCUGGAUUAUCUGGUAGGGCCAUCAUGUCUGGUGGGCCUGACGGUUCUGAUAGACCUAUCAUGUAUGGUGGUAGUGAUGACAUGCCUGGUAGCGCCAGGAUGUAUGGUGGUACCGGGAACAUCCCUGAUAGGGCUGGAUCAUCUGGUCGUGGCGAAAUGCACAGUGAUGGCAGUAUAUCCGAUAGAACCGGCAAGUCUGGUGGGACCGACGUUCAUGAUAGGUUCAGCAUGUAUGCCAGCGCCAGAAUGUCUGGUGGUGGUGACACAUCUGGUAUGGUCAGGAUGCCUGGUGGUACUGGUGUUAGUGACCGUUCCGGCAUGUACGGUGGUUCCAGUGUGUCUGGUAGGUCUGGUAUGUCACCUCGUGGUACUGACAUAUUUGGUCAGACUGGGAUGUCCGGUAGGGCUGGGAUGUCUGGUAGGGAUGGAAUGUCCGGUAGGGGUGACAUGGUUGGUAUGACCAGGGUGUCUGGUAGUGGUGCCAGAAUGUAUGGUGGUGGCAAUGACAUGCCCGGUAGUGACAUGCAUGGUGGUGGAGAAGCAUACUGUGAUGACACUGCAUACAGCAGUGACCGUAGUGGAGCCGGUAUCGGUGCGUACGGUGGAUACGACAGAGGCCGAAAUUACAGUGGAUCCGAACCAGCCAGUAGCAGCAACGCCGAUGAGUUUGGUAGCAGGGCCAGCAGGUACUCUGUAGCCAAGUCGUACCGCGGUGAUAAUGUGUACGAGUACAGCCAAACUGAUGAUUACGGUGGAGUCAGCGGCAAAGGUUAUGUAGCCGACACAUACGGUAAAAGUGACGGUGUGUACAGGAGAGCCGGUGGGGGCAGGGUGGAUGGGUUCGGCAGUGAAACUGACCUGUAUGGUGGUGGUGAUGAUGAUUCUGGUGGUGGUACAUACUUGGGGGAGAGAGUCUCUCUCAGCUCUUUCAGUGGAUCGCAGACAUCUGCCGGUGCCGACAUUUCCGGUGUAGCACGACUGUCCUAUGGAUCAGACGGUGUGUCUGGUCCUCGAGGCAUGUCUGGCUCUGCCAAGAUGUCUGGCCUCGAUAGUAUGUCUGGUCCUUCUCGUACUUCUGGAGGAAACAGAUUUGCUAGGGCCACCGAUCAUGCCAGCAUUGGCGCCCCAUUCCUGCCAAAAUCUCACGACAUGGUGAGCUGCACAUCGCACGCUCCGUGGGAAACCGAGGAGCACGACGGUGGCGAUGACGGCGGCGGCGGCAACGGCAGCAGCGCCAGAGCUGGUUUCGUUACCGGUGCUGAACCUGGUCCUGGCUACGAACGAUGGUGCUUCUCUCCGCCGCAGCAGAGCCACAGGGUGGCGCUACCGCCACCCCCGGAGCGGCACGGCAUGAUGACGGGCAGGAAGCGCUGUCUUUUGGAGGAGAAGAGCGAAGACUGCGACAAGUGGGGCAGUGACAUCCCAGCGAGUGGCGACCGCCACAGUGGUGAGAGGGCGCGACUCGGCCCGUAUCGCAGCACCAUGCUCGCCUGGAAAGACGAAUACAACAGCAGCGGUGGCGGUUGGCGCGCUGAUGCACGCUAACUAUUUGUGUAAUGAUUCGCCCGCACAUAGGUGGCAGGGUGACGCGGUGGUAACCGCUCGUGCCUCGCAGCAAGAAUGGCCUGGAUUCGAUUCCCGACUCGCACACCUUUCUGCGUGGAGUUUGUACGUUCUCUCACCCCCUGUUCUGCAUGGGUUUUCUCUGGGUUCUCCAGUUUCCUCCCAUUGCUAAAAACUGUACAAUUUAACUGGUGUUGGCCAACCAUCCCAGUAUAAAAUAAAUACCUACACCUUACUCAAUUGAGAUCACACAGCACCAACAUAACCCUCUCCUGCAAAAACUUGGCAUGACCCUUCUGAAUAAGUGUGUUGAGACUCAGUGAGGCUUUUCCUGGGUAGAUAAGUGAACUCAUAUGUACACUCACCCACGAUUAGUCAUGAUUGGGAGCCGCGAUUCCAUUCCAGGAUCAAGUGAUUUAUUUCGGUUAUUACUGCCUUGUUACCGUUGCUCAUUUGUUCCACCAUGUUUGUACAGUCUCAUUCGUUUCAGUAUACUGAAUGUAACACAAACGUGUAAUCUGCACAAAUUGUAAAUAAAUAAUUCCCCAUGCAUAAUGUUAUGCAUGUAUCAAAUGCA